UGGGGUGGGGGCAUGCGCAGUAGCAGCUCGCCCUUGCCCGAGCCGCUGAGAGGAAUCGCGCGCGUCCAGAGGCCUCGACACUCACCAACCGCCACCAACCGUCUUCCCCCCUCCGCUCCCGGCGACAGUGAUGGCCGCUCGCCUCCUCUCCUCGCUCCGCUGCAGGGCUCUGCUGCCCUCGCUCCGGGCCGCUGCCGUCAGGGGCUACGCCGAGGCGGCGCCGGCCUCCGCCCCCGCCGGCCAGAUGGCCUUCACCUUCGCUUCGCCCUCAAAGGUCUUCUACAAAGAAGCCAAUGUGAAGCAAGUUGACAUUCCAACGUUGACGGGAAACUUCGGCAUUCUUUCCUCUCACGUACCUACGCUGCAGGUGCUGAAACCCGGCGUCGUGACCGUCUUCGACGAAGAAGGUGCAGCAACCAAGUACUUUGUCAGCAGCGGUUCUGUAUCCGUGAAUGCAGACAACUCGGUUCAGUUGUUGGCUGAAGAGGCAGUGCCAUUGGAUUAUCUAGAUAUAAAUGCAGCGAAGGCGAACUUGGCGAGUGCACAGGCAGAGCUGUCAUCUGCAGCUGAUGAGGUGGCUCGGGCAGAGGCCUUAAUCAGUAUAGAAGCUACUGAAGCAAUCAUCAAGGCACUGGAGUAGCUGGAUUAUUGGGUAAGAGCUUAUUUGACUCUCGCUCUCUCCGUGGGCAGGAUGAUGUCUAUCUAUCAUGGUUAUAUUGCUGGACCUUGGUUUGGACAGAAGACCAUACUGUACAGAUAUACAGAUAAUUGAGCCAAAUAAACUUUCUAUAACCAUCA